AUGCCAGCAUGCCACCAUACUAUACUGCAGGGCAACCUCAAGCACUGCUCCAAGGCACAGGAUUUAUUGGUCCAGGCCAUGGCGGAGUGGGGGGUUGAGGUGGCUGCUGUGGCGGAGCCAUGCCUUGCCCCCCGCGGGGGAACUGGGGAGGCGACGGUGGCCAUAGUGGCGUCGCCUGCCGGGAACUCCUCCCCUCUAGCGGUGAAGGCACAAUUUCAGGCGUUCCUGGAGACCCUAGAGAGGGCGGUGAGGGCAGCUCCGACGCCGGUGUUGGUGAUGGGGGACCUCAACGCCAAGAGCGCUGCGUGGGGUUCCCCGGUCACCAAUGCCAGGGGGCCAGAGUUGGAGGAUUGGGCGGCAGCCUUAGGGGGUCAAUCGUGGACGUCACGUUUGCGACCCCCUCACUAG